CGUCCUCUUCCUCAAGGUGUCACUUUGCAUCCUAUCCCUCUUAGUGCUUAUAUAUCUAUAACCCCGGGGUCAACUUUCCUGAUUCAUCUUAAUAAAUCAACUUGUGUAUAUACAUUGGGAACUUUAUCAUGAGUGUUAUUAGCAUGAAGGGUGGGGAUGGAAAACACAGCUAUGCAAAUAAUUCCGAGAUGCAGAAAAGUAUCAAUUCUCGUGCGAAACUGGCUGUGAUCGAAAAUGUAAAGGAAGCGAUAGUGAAAUUGGCUUUUCCAGGGUAUAUCAAAGUGGCCGACUUGGGAUGUUCUUCAGGAGAAAACACGUUCUUGGCCAUGUCCGAAAUCGUCAACAAGAUCAUAGAAUCAUACCAACAGAAAGGACAGAACCCACCAGAGAUAGAGUGUUGUCUGAACGAUCUUCCAGACAACGACUUCAACACUACCUUUAAAUGUCUCCCUUCCUUUCACAAGAAGCUGAAGAUGGAUGUCAAGGAGAAGUGCUUCGUCUCGGGAGUCCCAGGCUCAUUCUACUCGAGACUUUUCCCAAGCAAGUCUCUCCAUUUUGUACAUUCAUCUUUUACUCUCCAUUGGCUUUCUAAGGUUCCUGAUGGGCUUGAGGAAAACAAGACGAACGUGUAUCUUAGAAGUCCAUGCCCUCCGAAUGUGUAUAAGAGUUAUUUGACUCAGUUCAAGAAUGAUUUCUUAUCGUUUCUAAGGAUGCGUGCGGAGGAGAUAAUACCUAGUGGACGUAUGGCUCUCACUUUAGUGGGCAGGAAAGCUUUGGACCCUUUAUCAAAAGAUUGUUUCCAGAAUUGGACGUUGAUAUCUCAUUCCCUCCUCGACUUGGUCAAUGAGGGUAUAGUGAAGGAAUCUGACGUGGAAUCUUUCAACUUGCCGUUUUACAAUCCUGACGAAAAUGAGGUGAAAGAAGUUAUUGAAAACGAGGGUUCUUUCAAGAUCAACAAUUUUGAGACUAUAUUUGGCCUUCUCUUUUCAUGCAAAACUGGUCGUACUGAAGUGAAAGAUGAUGAUAAUGUGGACCAAUCAUGUGUACUUGACGUCGUUCGAAAGAGAGCAAAACUCAUAAGAUCUAUUAGUGAACCGAUGCUUGCUGCUCAUUUUGGAAGCGCCGCAAUGGAUCGUCUGUUCGACAAGUAUACAUACCAUUUAGGCCAACACUACGAUUCUCUGCGCAACAAACCAACAAUUAAUUUCUUUGUUUCGUUGAUCAGGAAGUAACACCCCUCCGAGUUGAUGCUUCUAAUAAAAAAUUCAUCUAUUUUAUAUUGAACGUUAUUUUAAACUUUAAAUUUGGUUUUAUUACAAAUGUAGUUCCAUAUAUUUAAUAUUGGUUUGACAUUAUUUCUUCAAAUUUUCUUUAUUAUUGUAUUUCAUUAUUUAAUGAAAUAAAACUAAAAUCUGUUUAAGUU